GGGCGUGUUAUAUACGAUUUGAACUACUGCUGUCAUUCACAACAACUGGAGCCCUGCUCUGUCUAAUGGUAGCCAGUAAAAAGUUCUUCCAUUGCUAUUAUCGAUGCUGCCCGUACGGGUGACACGCCGCGUGAAAGGGAGACUCUGUGAAGCUGCCAAUCGACUGGCUGACAGGAUGAUACUCUAGUAAAGCGUGUUGUCUCUUGCUCUUUCCUGGACUUUAUCUAUCUCAUGGAGGGUAAACGGCUCCCAACAUACUGUGAAACAAUCAAGGAAUGAUUUUUCCUUUGCUUCGCGAUCCUUGUUGCGUCCAGUCGCUACUGCCUGUUCCGAUCAAAAUCAUUUUACCAAAUCAGCUUAACGCAUUGGACGAUAUCUAUAGCACGAGUUCGGUGCCGCGUUCACGUUUCGGUUGCAGUGACGUCGGCCAGGUGGAAUACGUGUGAAAAGGAUUGCCAGAUGAUUUUGCGACGCUGCUGGAUUGACCUGCCGCUGGAGGAAGGCACCAUACAUAAUACAAAAGUAAUGCUACUGUAGAGUGUGUAUUUCUAUAUUGAUACAAUAUUUCAUCCGUCAAAAAUCGUUCGACUUAUUUCUUUCGUCAGAUGAUUGAACCGGUAGGCAAUACUUCGGACAUCCCGAUGCGAGUAUAUACACUCCCAGAUUCAAACCCAAACAGCCACACGUCGCUAGGAUUACCGGACAAACACGUUACCUACAACGCUGUAAUGAAAAAAGAAACUUUCUUCGUACAACGUACUCAUAAUCUAGGACGUCUUUUCCUUAAGCAUCGUAAAAGAUCGACGCAAUCCAGAUCGACUUGCCGCUGAGCUGAAACCUUCGAUGCGCCUUCAUAAACAUGUUUUCACAGUCGUUUCCCUUCUGGUGGCUACGGCCGCCUCAGCGUCAGUGGAGCCUGCCGAUGAUAUUGUGGUAGCAAUCACUGAUUUACUUGCACGGGGAGCGCAAGUGGAACAAACAGAAGUAAUUUCUGUUCGCAGCGUCGGCCGAAAGCGAAGAUCUGGUCAUCAGAACAAUGCUAAUAUUGCGUUAAAUGCCUUUGGUCGUCAUAUUCGCCUCAAGUUGAGAAGGAAUCGAAGACUUGUAAGCCGGAACUUUAUGCUUCGGAAUAACAUGGAAGCGAGCGGUUACGAUGAGUCUUCCGUUGACAUCGAGUGCUAUUAUAUCGGCAGCGUGCUUGGGGAACCAGCCUCAAAGGCGGCCGUAUCACUGUGCGACGGCGGGAUGCGGGGAAUGGUCUACUGGGGAUCAGGAAACAAGACUCUGGCAAUAUACCCACUACCUCAUGACGUGAAUUCGACUGCAACGGUCAGUGAUGCGCACGUCAUUGUAAGCAUCAACCAGACCACGAAACUGCUAACAGAGUUUGAUGAGUCGUCCGAUAGGGUUGUAAUUCGUGAAUAUCCACGCGAGAUGUCGCGUCACUCGCCGAGUCACACCAGGGUUCCAGCUGCCCUUACGAUGCCAAGUUUGGGCCAUCGUGCUAACGUUACCCGAGUUCGAACUCAGAAGGCGAUUGUUGAAACGGCUUUCUUUGUCGACGAAAGCCUGUACAAACACAUUGAGCACGUGUUUCCCCGUGACACGCGUCGCCAGGUCGCCAUCUUCGCUCUGACCCUCAUCAAUCAAAUGCAAGUAGUCUACGAGCAGGAGUCCCUUGGUGGUUUAGUGAGCAUCACGCUUACAUAUCUAGAAAUCAUGUAUCCGCAAGCUCAGGAUAAGAUACCAUCAAACCAAGACUAUGAUUAUUAUUUGACGUCGUUCUGUAUAUACCAGCAGGCUCGGAGGAACACAAAAGAUAGCGAGUAUACGCACUGGGACUACGCAGUUCUGAUCUCAGCAAUGAACCUGUACGCUAGGAAUAAGCACGGUCAUAAAAUGAAGGACGUAGUAGGCAUGACAGCUGUGGGCGGUAUGUGCAAUGAGUUGCAUUCAUGUGCAUUACUGGAGGGCAGAGAUCUGCAGAGUGCCCACAUCAUUGCGCAUGAAACAGGUCACUCACUUGGAAUGGAACACGACGGUGAGGGCGACAACAGUGUUUGCCCCUGGAACAAGUUCAUUAUGAGCUCCACUACCGGCUUCACUAAAAAGACGUGGUCCAAAUGUAGCCUUAAAUCCCUCCAGGCCUUUCUCAACACGGAGCGCGCUGACUGCCUUUAUAAACGAUCUUCAAAUAAAAACUUCUUGGCGGGUCCCGAGUCCCGGAUCUACAAGCUAUUUCCAGGAGUCCACUACACAGCUGAUCAGCAGUGUGAAAUGAAAUUCGGAGACGGUUACCGACGGGCAGGGUUUCAGAAUCUUGAAGACGUGUGCCGGAUACUCAAAUGCGAACAAAAGACUGGUGAAGCACUUCUGGUUCGCAACACGCACGGCUAUACAGCAAUGGAAGGAACUCAAUGCGGAAGAAACAAAUGGUGCCGUGGCGGUGUGUGUGCGGAAAUUACUAACGGAGACCACAAUCUGCUGCGAGAAUCAAAGGAAGCCUCGCUACGUAACCAUGGGAAUAGCUGGAAUCAAACGCCAUUACCACCUCCACGGAUUCCGAUGCCUCCGCCUCUGUUACCUUCAAGUGCACGAACGCCCGUUCCCGAACAGCCCGUUCAGGCUAGCUGGACCCCCUGGUCAGCUUGGGGGCACUGUGAAAGCGGGUGCACCGCCCGCGUUGAUCGUGUACCGAAAGCUAUUCGCAUUUCCAUUAGAAGCUGUAUCGACAUUAAUACAAACACGACAUUACCAUCGGACAAGUGUGCGAAAAGCGACUCGGGCGGUAACAUCAAAUCGCAGCUUUGCCAAGAGUCCAUCUGCAACAGCUCGCGAGCUUCAGAUCUGGAUCGCAUGAUUCAGGACACCUGCAUAGCAGCUAUGGAGCGUAAUACAAGUUACAGCGGGACAGGAACACAAUUCCAUCAAAAUGAUGAGAGGUACUCGUGCCGUAUAUGGUGCCGUCGCGAUAACGGAAUAGUCGAUUAUAUGGGUGUGCUACCAGACGGUGCCGAAUGUUACGCGCAUGACCAGCCUGCUAAUAAGUUCUGUGUCAAGGGCAACUGUAUGCGCUUCGAUUGCCAAGGAAAUUCCAUUCAAGUUCACCGUGAACCUCGACGCGAAGAGUGGACAUGCAUUGCGCCCGCUGUUCGACUUCCUUCAAAAUCAACCACAAAAAAGCGUCCCACAGAGGACGAGAGCGCCAGAGGCGGAAGCGGGUCCCGAAAACAGUGUAAACACUCGUGUAUUCGCGGAGGAAGGGGAACUCUCCUCCAACUGGGUUGUGCCGACUGUGCAAUGGAUUCAAUGGGCCUUUGUGAUGAUCGAAGCGAGUGCUCCUCUGUUAUUGAAGUUAAUGAGUAUGCGACAAAUCUGUGCAAAAAGCAUCAGCGUAGAUAUACUCAUCUUUUUAACGGAGUCGGCAUACAAAAAUCCUAUAAAGAUGAUGAUGACGUAGACGAGCAAUGCGUGGUCGCUUGCCAGGAUCUUUUUAAUCCAUUGAUGUUUUACGGAAUGGAUACCCUUGAAGAUACGCGUUUUCCGCCCGGAACGCCUUGUCUAGCUGAGGGUAGAGCCCGAGGCUAUUGUCACUUUGGUAAAUGCGUUGACGAACGCAAAUUCGAAGCUUCUCUAUAUCGUACUACUCAACAAGGAGAACAGCACGUUGAACGGAAAAUCAAUACUGGUCAGUACGCUACGCACGAUGUCGCAGACAGCGAUCUCCGGCGUGGUACCCGGACGAAGAGGUGGAUUUUCCAAGACAUCUACAUAGUCAGCCUAAAGAAGACACUUGCUAACUUGACCACUAUCUAAUGAGAAUUUACCGAUAUGUACAUAUUUCAUACAUUAUAUUAUACUAUAAUAUUUAGCGUGUAAUAUAAUACCAUUUCACAUGUUAUACCACACAUAUGCCAUACUACAUGUCUGUAAAUAUGACUUAAAUAUUACUUUUUGUACAAACAAUGAGUAGAUAUUUUUGUUUUACGAUACCUAUAGUUUAUUUCGGUAAAAUUGAAUUUAGAUCAACAUACGCAGUCCGUAAGAGUUUACUUGGCUAAGUCUCUCUCGCGCUCUCUCUCUCUCUCUC